CACCAGGUCCCAGGCAAGAGAACUUGGCAGGCUCUCCACAUGGCGGUCUUAUUCCUCCUCCUUCUGUUCCUUUGUGGGUCCCCCCAUACUGCUGCAGGCAACAUCCUGCCCAUCUACGUGGCCUUGGGAGAGGCAAUGGAGCUGCCAUGUCCCUCACCACCCAUCCUGCAUGGGGACGAACUCCUGUCCUGGUUCCACAGCCCUGCAGCAGGCUCCUCCACUGCCCUGGUGGCUCAAGUCCAAGUGGCCAAGCCAGCCCCAGACCCUGGGAAGCCUGGAAGGGAAUCCAGGCUUAAACUUCUGGGGAACUACUCUUUGUGGCUGGAAGGGUCCAAGGAGGGAGAUGCUGGGCGGUACUGGUGCGCUGUGCUGGGUCAGCACCACAAGUACCAGAACUGGAGGGUGUAUGAUGUCUCCGUGCUUAGAGGAUCCCAGCUAUCUGCAAAGGCUGCAGAUGGGUCCUUCUGCUUUGUCCUCCUGUGCUCUGUGAUCCCCGCUAGACGCCUGGACUCUGUGACCUGGCUGGAGGGGAAGGGUCCUGUGAGGGGCCAUGUACAGUCCUUCUGGAACAAUGGGGCUGCCCUGCUCUUGGUGUGUCCUGGGGAGGGGCUUCCUGAGCCCAAGGGUCACAGACCAAGGAUCAUCCGCUGUGUCAUGCCUCAGAACAAAGGGGUCAGCUUUAACCUGGCAGCCUCCAGGGAUGCCUCCCCUGCUCUCUGUGCCGCUUCCACAGGCUGGGAUGUGCCCUGGAUCCUGACGCUACUGCUCACAGCGGGCCAGGGGGUCACCAUCCUGGUCCUCAGUGUCAUGCUCUGGAGGCAGAGGACCCACGGGACUCAGUGCAAAGAUGCCUCGAUUCCUCAGUUCAAACCUGAAAUCCAGGUCUAUGAGAACAUCCAUUUGGCCCGACUCAGCCCACCUGCCCCCAAGACCAGAUGGUCUCCAUGACAUCUGCUGGGAAGUGACCUGCUGUCUCCUUGGCCAUCUGGCACCUGAAGGAUUCCCUGAAAACCUUGGCAAAGGGGGAGGGGCUGCGAGUGCUACUUCACAGUACAGCUGGUCUCCAGCUCUGUGUGUGUGUGUGUGUGU